AUGAAAAAGGGUCUCCCGCCUUGUCCACGCACGGAUCCCAUUGCCGGUCUCGAUGACUGGUACACAAUAACAAACUCACCAACCAUCGACUUCUGCCCAGAUUGCAUCUCCACACUCUUCGAGCGGACUUUCUUCCGCCCUCUUUUUCGCCGCUCGCUCCCUCGCAACCUCUCAACCAAGGUCCAGUGCGCAUUUGGCUCCCCAUGGAUCCGUCUCGCCUGGCUUCUCACCCUCCAGCAACAGCGCGCAGAUCUCAACCUCCUCAAAGACGUCGCUGAAGUCGAAGCCACUUCCGACCCUUGUCCAGGUAACAUGCCGACCUCCCAAUCCUGGUACGGCCUCCGCGACCCCGAUGGCCUCUUCGUCCGCGACUUCCACAUCUGCUACGGCGACGUCCGCAAAAUCGAACGUCUCCUCCCCACCCUCGCAGGCCUCUUCGUACGUCUUCCCAACCGCGCAUCCCACGAGCCUCGCCUUUGCGCAAUGCGUGUCGAAUCCACCCGCUUCUCCGCCUACCUCGACGCCCUCGUCAACACUCACGAAGCCGCCCUUUCCUCCCGCAAAGGCGCCGACUCCAUGCCCUUGAUCGACCUCGUCGAACGCCGCACUCGUUUACGAGAAUGCACCCGCGAUAAUAUGCUGCUCGGCGCUCUCUGGCAUACACACCCAGACAUCCCCUCCCUAACCAUCUGCGAAGACUGUUUCGAAGAAGUCGUCGAGCCGGUCAUCAAGUCCGCCCUCGCCCAGCCUUCUACAUCCAACUCUUUCGUCCGAAAAUUCAACCGCUGUUUAGGACCGGUGUACAAUGAAGGACCGGGAUCUUCAUGCCAAUUGUACUCCCACCGCAUGCGGAGGUGCUUUGCGAGGAGUGUGGAGGAUGGAGAUGGAGGGAGGUACUUGAAACGGAAGGUGAGGGAGAGGAAGGAGGCGGAAUUGUGGUUGCAGGAGAAGUAUAGGGAGGUUGUGAGGAGGUGGAAGAGGGCGGAGAGUGAGGCUGGAGGGGGAGAGGUGGGGAGGGAGGUGGAGGAACGGGCGGAGAGGGAGUUGGAACGAAUUUCGAGGGAGUGGAAGGGGAAGUGGGAGUAA